GCAGUUGGAGGAGGGCUGAGGCGAGUGACGUCACCAUCACAUUGCAGCUUGUUGUUGGGGAAGCGAACAACAUAAAUUUUUUUUUUUAUUUUCGGGCUGCUCCUUCGAAUGUUUGCUUGGUUGGAUCUUCUGUUUUGAUUUGUGCGACGACGACAGACAAAAGAGGAGGGAAAAAAAAAAGUAGCAAAAAGGAAUACUUCCCACAGAACGAACAAACAAACAAACAAACAGAAAGAACCUUGCAAAGACCAUAAGAUUAAUUCAGCCACAAAUAUACGAACGAAUACUCAUCCUAGAUUAUAUAAUGCCAGCGAUCAGUUAGCUGGAUUUCAUAUUAAGAAAAACUGGAUAUUUCAAUGUCCUCAAGUAUUGCUAGUGAUACAGGACAUGACGAUGGAAAAUGUUCAAGCAAACAAUCGUCGAAGAGUAAUGAGGCGCUCAUUGAGACAAACGAAAAAUUACCAUCAUCGCCACAAAACAAAGCUAAUAUAUGUCUCGAAGAAGUGUUACAGAAGGUAAAUCAGUGUCUGAAAAGACUCAGCACUCCAGAAGACAUAGAUAUACUAAACACAGACUGUUAUAAUGAUAUUAAAGUUGUGUGGGAAGCUUCGCAGUACAAUCCAAACAUCCAUAUACGUAAAUCAGUGGCCUUAUGUCUUUACCAAUCAAAGUUUGUCAAAAUUUUCAAAAACAUUUGGCUCUGUGUACACCAAGUUCACAUCUUUCACAAAGAUAAUAUUAAACAGUGGCGGAAACUAAAGAAAAGCCUGUCGGUUCUAUGGAAUACAUGUGACAUAAACAGCGAAGUAUGUCAAGACGUUUGUGACAAUGGUUUAAUCUCAAUACUCCUGCAUGCACUUGUGAAUGUUUCAAACACACGAUACUCUGAGGAUGACAAGAAACAAUAUUACGUGAAAGCCAUUCUAGGAAUCAUGCACAAUGUUGUACGUCACAAUAGCGAUGGACGUUUACUUCUGCGUGAGUGUGGUGGAGUUCGGGCUCUUCAACAUUUGUUCAAGUCAGAUCUUGACAUGAUCCGUGCUAAAUCUCUCAUUGUACUCUCUUAUGUUGUCGAUGAGACGGAGAGCGAAUUGCUCAAUUCGAACAGUGACCUGCUCAGUUUCAUUUUGGAUAUUUUCGAUAGGGCAUUAAACUCCCCUAAUCACUUCAGUAGCAAAUAUGGAAUGUGUGUAACAGAAAUUCUCAGGGGUUUAUUUAACCUGUCUGCAAGUGAUGUCAACAAAGUGCAACUGGUUCAGAAUGGUAUCUUAACAUUUUAUGUUCGUCUUUUACAAGAAGAAAAUCUAUAUAUAAACAAUCCCCUUUCUGAAGAGGAAAUUCUUUUAGUUAUAAAUGGACUUUGGGCACUUUCUUUCAAUGGCAAGAACAAAGCAUUAAUUCAAAAGGAAGCAGGAUGUCUUGAAGCUUUGCACCGAGUUAUCACACAUGGAAGUGAAGCAUCACGUCAUGCUGGCCGUGGCAUCUUCUGGGAACUGCAAUCAAGUAACGUGUAUGUUCCAUGUACCCCAGGUGGAUCUACAUUAGAAGCAAUGGCCCUAGCUGUCGAGAGGUCAGCUGUCGUACUAAUUGGAGUUUCACAAAGUUACAAAGAUAGCCCCAACUGUCGCACAGAAUCCGAAUAUGUUUUUCGAUUGCGGAAAGACAUAAUUCCACUUAUGGUACAAAAGAACUAUAUUCCUGAUGGGUGGCUUGGCAUGCUUGUGGGAACAAGACUCUACUUUGAUUUUAGUACUUCAAAAGACUUCGAUAUCCAGUUGCCUCGUCUCUUUAAGGAAAUUGGCAAUAGGGGUUUAUUGGUAUCCAAAGAUGAAUCACUCAUUAAUGUUGCCAACUCCAAUCUGCUGUGCCAGGCUAAAAACGCUAACCUCAACCAAGCAUAUAUGCUCUGGAACCAAACUCAAGUUGCUAAAUGGCUAGAAACCUGUGGCCUAAAACAUAUCAAAGAAAGCUUCUCCGCAAUUGAUGGAGAACUACUAGAAGAGCUUUACAAUGUACAACAGAGAGCACCUGAAUUCUUCUAUAAAAUUCUACAGACAGAUUUCAAAAUGAACCUGCCAGACAUACUGAAGUUUUCUAAAGAACUGUCUCAUUUAGAAUCAAAACGAUAAUAGUGUUUUCAGCUUUUAUUUUCUAAUUUAAUUUAAUUUGAUUUAAUUUAAUUUCUUUUUAAUGGUUUUUAACUUAAAACUUCAUGAGCAUAAUAUAAAAAAAUAAAUAGAAAACAUCUC